AUUUUUUCGCACAGCUCUACCCGGAAUAGUUUUGAACACUAAAGUCAUGUGACCACAGUCAUGUGAUAGUUUAGACCAGUAUGAUCUACAUUUAUGGCACAUAACGAAACAGUAAAACAUUUGUUUCCCAUAAUGGUUACAGUAGAUUAUGCCUAUAAACCGAUAUAAAACGUUGCGGUUUAGUUUGAUUCUAGAUAUCACCGCUUGUAGACGCACCAGAAAGACGUCGCCGUCCUGAUUCGCACGUAAUAAACUCAUAGAACUACUACUUCCGAAUGAUUAUUCUAUUAACAUUGCAACCUUCACAUUGGUAAAACCUCCUUUUUUUUAAACAAUAAUGUUUGCUCAGGCAAGGUGGGUAUUUCUCCUGCUCGCCGCUUUGCUGAUAGCGAUACCAGCAAGCGGGACGCGAUACCAAGCGAACUGGGAGAGUUUGGACGCAAGACCGCUUCCUAAAUGGUACGACGAAGCCAAGUUCGGGAUUUUCGUCCACUGGGGUGUGUUCUCAGUUCCCGGGUUCCAGAGCGAGUGGUUCUGGUGGCAUUGGCAAGGCCAAAACCCACCGGACCCGAAGUGUGUUCUGUACAUGCAGGAGAACUACCCGCCCGGGUUCAGUUAUCCUGACUUCGCUCCCCAGUUCCAUGCCCAGUUCUUUGACGCAGAUGACUGGGCUGACAUAUUCGAGGCUUCCGGUGCAAAGUAAGUCUUAUUCAGUUUGUAUACCUGUAUAGUUCUGUUUAUGUUUUUCUGCACACAGGCUACACAGUCUGUAGUGAUUUACAAGCUGUAGUGGGGUAUUGAACCAGCAACACUGUCAUGGGGAAAGUGCACUACCGCUGUGCCAGAAAGGUCUGGCAGAGGGUGUAGUACAGUCAUAUAGCCGACAAUUUAAAGGCUACAGGUCUUUUCCCAGUCUCUACCGGUCCCCUGUAUCUCCAGGUAUGUGGUCUCUACCGGUCCCCUGUAUCUCCAGGUAUGUGGUCUCUACCGGUCCCCUGUAUCUCCAGGUAUGUGGUCCUUAACGGUCCCCUGUAUCUCCAGGUAUGUGGUCCUUACCGGUCCCCUGUAUCUCCAGGUAUGUGGUCUUAACAGCGAAGCACCAUGAAGGAUUCACCACCUGGCCGUCUCCUCACUCCUGGAACUGGAACUCAGUGGACACUGGACCACACAGAGACCUGGUGGGAGACCUGGCAAAGGCUGUACGCAACAGGUAGGCUAAACAAGGCAGCAGUCUGACAACAGAGAGAGAAGGGUUGAAGUUAUCAAUAGAUGCUGAUCUGAGGACAGUUUUGCAUGUUCUCUCCUAAUUGGUUAUCGCAAUGGGUAUUGGGUAGAGUAGGCCUAAGCUUAGGUGUAAGGCACCCAACUACACAACAGAGAAUGAAGGGUUAUCCAAAGACGCUGAUCUGAAGACAGAUUUGUAUUUUCUCACCACAUUUGUAUUGGUUAAUGUAUUGGGCCAUGUUCCCCCUGCUCAGACUUUGCAUUGCAUCAACCAAUAGUUGCAUGCGAAGUCCUUGACUGUGCCGCCAGGCACCAGACUGCUAUAACAUAAUGAUGUGGUUAGCGAAUACGUAAAAUACCUAUCCAGGCGUUGUAAGAUCUGACUUAGGUAAGGCACCUAGAGACGGGUUGAAACUGUCCAUAGACACUGAUCUGUGUUCAGUUUUGCAUAGUACUGUCCUCUAAUUGUUAUCGGGGUGAUGUAUAUGGGGAGAGUAAGCUGUAAUAUGCUUAAAUGCAUUCUACUGGAGCAGGGGUUGAAUGGGAAGACCUCUAUAUUUGUCAUAGAUAUAUUUAUAUAGGUGUUUGUAAUAAGCCCAGGCUUUUAGCUGACAGCAGAGGUAGUUCUGUAUUCAAUCACAUGUAUUUUAUAAAGCCCUUUUUACAUCAGCAGUUGUCAUAAAGUGCUUUACAGAUACCCAGCCUGAAACCCCAAAGAGCAAGCAAUGCAGAAGUACCGUGACCAGGAACAACUCAUAACAAUGCCUUUAGGCUCAAUGUUGACUUUCAACAGUUCCUUAUCCCUCCCAGUAUCACCUGCUGUCUUUUGACAGUUCCUUAUCCCCCCCAGUAUCACCUGCUGUCUUUUGACAGUUCCCUAUCCCUCCCAGUAUCAGAUGCUGUCUUUUGACAGUUCCCUCCCUGUAUCAGAUGCUGUCUUUUGACAGUUCCCUAUCCCUCCCAGUAUCAGAUGCUGUCUUUUGACAGUUCCCUAUCCCUCCCAGUAUCAGAUGCUGUCUUUUGACAGUUCCCUAUCCCUCCCAGUAUCAGAUGCUGUCUUUUGACAGUUCCCUAUCCCUCCCAGUAUCAGAUGCUGUCUUUUGACAGUUCCCUAUCCCUCCCAGUAUCAGAUGCUGUCUUUUGACAGUUCCCUAUCCCUCCCAGUAUCAGAUGCUGUCUUUGACAGUUCCCUAUCCCUCCCAGUAUCAGAUGCUGUCUUUUGACAGUUCCCUAUCCCUCCCAGUAUCAGAUGCUGUCUUUUGACAGUUCCCUAUCCCUCCCAGUAUCAGAUGCUGUCUUUUGACAGUUCCCUAUCCCUCCCAGUAUCAGAUGCUGUCUUUUGACAGUUCCCUAUCCCUCCCAGUAUCAGAUGCUGUCUUUUGACAGUUCCCUAUCCCUCCCAGUAUCACCUGCUGUCCUGUUGUUGUCUGUUCACAGGUCGCUGCACUAUGGACUCUAUAACUCCCUGUAUGAAUGGUUCAACCCCCUCUACCUGGCGGACAAAAAGAACAACUUCACAACACAGGACUUUGUCUUGAAUAAACUGCUGCCCGAGCUUUAUGACAUGGUCCUAAGGUAAUUUAGGCCAGACUAGGUCUACCGUGAAUACUAAAAACAGGUUUUUUAUUUUAUUUUUUACAAUGGCUGAGAUAGACGUACAAUAUAUUACACUGUGCCUCUAUCUCCACCAGAUACAUGUAGAACAGGGCUAAAGGUCUUACAGCAGUGCUUAGACUACCACAAACAUACACUACCGUUCAAAAGUUUGGGGUCACUUAGAAAUGUCCUUGUUUUUGAAGGAAAAGCAAACAUUUUUGUCCAUUAAAAAUCGGAAAUACAGUGUAGACAUUGUUAAUGUUGUAAAUGGCUAUUGUAGCUGGAAACGGCUGAUUUUUUACGGAAUAUCUACAUGGGCGUACAGAGGCCCAUUAUCAGCAACCAUCAGUCCUGUGUUCCAAUGGCACGUUGUGUUUGCUAAUCCAAGUUGAUCACUUUAAAAGGCUAAUUGAUCAUUAGAAAACCCUUUUGUAAUUAUGUUAGCACAGCUGAAAACUGUUGUGCUGAUUUUAAAGAAGCAAUAAAACUGGGCUUCUUGAGACUAGUUUGGCCUUGAGACCUUCUAGGCAGAGUUGCAAAGAAAAAGCCAUAUCUCAGACUGGCCAAUAAAAAGAAAAGAUUAAGAUGUCUACACUGAAUUUCUGAUCAAUUUGAUGUUAUUUCAAUGGACAAAAAAAAAUUGCUUUUCUUUCGAAAACAAGGACAUUUCUAAGUGACCCUAAACUUUUGAACGGUAGUGUAGCUUUUGUUCGGACACACACACACACACACACACACAUGCGCACACACCCCUACACCCAUUUUCCCCUCACUGGUCUCUCCUGUGGUCCAGGUACAAACCAGAGCUGAUCUGGUCCGAUGGGGAUUGGGAAGCUCCCGACGCCUACUGGAACUCAACAGAAUUCCUGGCCUGGCUUUACAACGACAGUCCCGUUAAAGUGAGGACUUCCUACCCAUCAUAAUAAUAAUAAUAAUAAUAAUAAUAUUAUGCCAUUUAGCAGACGCUUUUAUCCAAAGCGACUUACAGUCAUGUGUGCAUACAUUUUUACGUAUGGGUGGUCCCGGGGAUCGAACCCACUACCCUGGCGUUACAAGCGCCGUGCUCUACCAGCUGAGCUACAGAGGACCACUAGGGUGCGUCCCAAAUGCCACCCUAUUCCCUACAUAGUACACUACUAUAGGGGCUCUGGUCAAAAGUAGUGCACUGUAAAGGGAACAGGGUGCCAUUUGGAACCCUUUUUAGGGCAGUGUUUACCAAGUCUGGUCCUGGAGAGCUACAGUAGUGGUUGCAGGUUUUCAUUCCAUUUCAACCCAGCACACUUCAUUCAGCUAAUCAAGGCCUUGAUGAUUAGUUGAAUCAGGUGUUUUAGUGCUAGGCUGCAACAAACACCUCCACACCCUGUAAUUUGCAUGGGGUACUGAUAUCCAGAACCAGGGUUGGGGACUGAGGACAACAGAUUUUCAGUGUCCAGUCUAUGGAUGACUUUGAAUGAAUAACUGCCAUGCAAUAUGUGUGUUAUAGUGACUGAAUCUGCCUCCUCUGAAAAAGAUACCAGUAAACAUGCACGUGAUCAUUUCCUGUCCACUCAUUUGUCUCUGAUUGGCUGUCAUUUUUAUCCCCCUCCCUCCAGGACGUGAUUGUGACCAAUGACAGGUGGGGGGCGGGGUGUUACUGUAAACACGGCGGCUACUAUAACUGUGCAGACAAGUACACCCCUGGGGAGCUGCCCAAACACAAGUGGGAGAAGUGUCAGUCGAUAGACACACAGUCCUGGGGUUACCGGAGGACCAUGAGACUCUCUGAACUGAUGGACCUGCCCAGUAUCGUACAGGUGAGGGGGAACACACUAUGAUGGGCCUGCCCCGUAUCGUACAGGUGAGGGGGAACACACUAUGAUGGACCUGCCCAGUAUCGUACAGGUGAGAGGGGGAACACACACUGCACUGAUCCACCCCCGGACACACUCUAGUCACUAUGAUGUGCCUGCCCAGUGAGGAAAGGACACUCGUCUAUACUGAUCUAAACAGGGUAGUCAUCUCUACUGAUCUAAAUAGGGUAGUCAUCUCUACUGAUCUAAAUAGGGUAGUCAUCUCUACUGAUCUAAAUAGGGUAGUCAUCUAUACUGAUCUAAAUAGGGUAGUCAUCUAUACUGAUCUAAAUAGGGUAGUCAUCUAUACUGAUCUAAAUAGGGUAGUCAUCUAUACUGAUCUAAAUAGGGUAGUCAUCUCUACUGAUCUAAACAGGGUAGUCAUCUCUACUGAUCUAAAUAGGGUAGUCAUCUCUACUGAUCUAAAUAGGGUAGUCAUCUCUACUGAUCUAAAUAGGGUAGUCAUCUCUACUGAUCUAAAUAGGGUAGUCAUCUCUACUGAUCUAAAUAGGGUAGUCAUCUCUACUGAUCUAAAUAGGGUAGUCAUCUCUACUGAUCUAAAUAGGGUAGUCAUCUCUACUGAUCUAAACAGGGUAGUCAUCUCUACUGAUCUAAACAGGGUAGUCAUCUCUACUGAUCUAAACAGGGUAGUCAUCUCUACUGAUCUAAAUAGGGUAGUCAUCUCUACUGAUCUAAACAGGGUAGUCAUCUCUACUGAUCUAAAUAGGGUAGUCAUCUCUACUGAUCUAAAUAGGGUAGUCAUCUCUACUGAUCUAAACAGGGUAGUCAUCUCUACUGAUCUAAAUAGGGUAGUCAUCUCUACUGAUCUAAACAGGGUAGUCAUCUCUACUGAUCUAAACAGGGUAGUCAUCUCUACUGAUCUAAACAGGGUAGUCAUCUCUACUGAUCUAAACAGGGUAGUCAUCUCUACUGAUCUAAACAGGGUAGUCAUCUCUACUGAUCUAAACAGGGUAGUCAUCUCUACUGAUCUAAAUAGGGUAGUCAUCUCUACUGAUCUAAACAGGGUAGUCAUCUCUACUGAUCUAAACAGGGUAGUCAUCUAUACUGAUCUAAAUAGGGUAGUCAUCUCUACUGAUCUAAAUAGGGUAGUCAUCUCUACUGAUCUAAAUAGGGUAGUCAUCUCUACUGAUCUAAACAGGGUAGUCAUCUAUACUGAUCUAAAUAGGGUAGUCAUCUCUACUGAUCUAAAUAGGGUAGUCAUCUCUACUGAUCUAAAUAGGGUAGUCAUCUCUACUGAUCUAAAUAGGGUAGUCAUCUAUACUGAUCUAAAUAGGGUAGUCAUCUACAGUAUUGUGAUCACUACAUCUGAUGGAUUUAAAGCUAAUUUCUGCAGCAUUAGUAAAGAUGUGAACAAUAUAUGAUUUCAUUCCUGUGCUGUUUGUAACUACCCUGGUAUGUUGGCUAAUACCCUGAACCAGUUUGCAUGCAUUAGUUACAGUGGCUUGCGAAAGUAUUCACCCCCCCUUGGCAUUUUUCCAAUUUUGUUGCCUUACAACCUGGAAUUAAAAUGGAUUUUCUGGGGGUGUUUGUAUCAUUUGAUUUACACAACAUGCCUACCACUUUGAAGAUGCAAAAUAUUUUUUUCUUGUGAAACAAGCUUUGCAGCUCCUUCAGGGUUAUCUUUGGUCUCUUUGUUGCCUCUCUGAUUAAUGCCCUCCUUGCCUGGUCCGUGUGUUUUGGUGGGCGGCCCUCUCUUGGCAGGUUUGUUAUGGUGCCAUAUUCUUUCCAUUUUUUUUAUAAUGGAUGUAAUGGUGCUCCGUGGGAUGUUCAAAGUUUAGGAUAUUUAUUUAUAACCCAACCCUGAUCUGUACUUCUCCACAACUUUGUCCCUGACCUGUUUGGAGAGCUCCUUGGUCUUCAUGGUUCCGCUUGCUUGGUGGUGCCCCUUGCUUAGUGGUGUUGCAGACUCUGGGGCCUUUCAGAACAGGUGUAUAUAUACUUAGAUCAUGUGACAGAUCAUGUGACACUUAGAUUGCACACAGGUGGACUUUAUUUAACUAAUUAUGUGACUUCGGAAGGUAAUUGGUUGCACCAGAUCUUAUUUAGGGGCUUCAUAGCAAAGGGGAUGAAUACAUAUGUACGCACCACUUUUCCAUUAUACAUUUUUUUGGAAUUUUUUGAAACAAGUUAUUUUUUUAAAUUUCACUUCACCAAUUUGGACUAUUUUGUGUAUGUCCAUUACAUGAAAUCCAAAUAGAAAUCCAUUUGAAUUACAGGUUGUAAUGCAACAAAAUAGGAAAAACGCCAAGGGGGAUGAAUACUUUUGCAAGGCACUGUACAGUUUGAAGCUUUUUCUUUAGUGAUAUACACAUACAUUAUCAAGCAUUUCACACGUGUUAUCCAGAUACUGACUGUUAGCACUUGGUGGUCUAUAGCAGCUUCCCACCAGAAUGGGCUUUAGGUGAGGCAGAUGAACCUGUAGCCAUAUUACUUCAACAGUAUUUAACAUGAGAUCCUCUCUAAGCUUUACAGGAAUGUGGUUCUGAAUUUAAACGGCAACACCUCUACCUUUUGGCAUUUCUGUAUUUUCCGUAGAUGUUAUAACCAUGUAUUUCUACCACUGUAUCAUCAAAGGUAUUAUCUAAGUGAGUUUCAGAGAUAGUCAGAAUAUGAAUGUCAUCUGUUACUAGCAAAUUUUUUUAUUUCAUGAAACUUGUUUCUUAAGCUACAUAUGUUAACGUGGGCUAUUUUAGCACUUUUCUGGGAUGCUUGAUUGUUUUCAUUGCUUUACUGGGAAGCUUAGCAGAGGUAGACAUGCUCAUGUUAUUUAUGUUACUGCAGGGUGAGCUGCACACAGUAGACUUCCUACUAGGGCACACCGCCUCAGUGCUAUCAGUAUCACUCUGGUUCAUAGGCACAUGAUUACUGUAUACAAUAGCUGUAGGAUCAGCAGAGUCAUUCAGGGGAGUAAGAGGGACAUAAAUUAGGGUAUUUAGACUGUCUUCCAAUGCCCCUGGGAUAAUGUACAUUUGUGGAAGCAUUAUGACAACUCAGCGACACCAUGGUAGGGAUUCGCUGAGCUGGGCUUGGGUCAUUGAUAAGUCAUUGUCUCAACACAGCCUUAUAAUGCUGUGAAAGGAUCCAGGAACCCAAAUGAUUUGGGUGGAUCCCAUCCUCCUUAUAAAACAAGCUUUUGUUUCCAGAAGGUAUCAAAAUGGUCAAUACAUUUUACACCCACAGAGCUCCGAUAGUCUCAUAGAUAGUUAGGGAGGGCACAAAGCCAGAUAUUAUGCAGCGUUUGUUGGUGUCAAGCAGAGACCCAAUCAAGCAGAGACCCAAUCAAGCAGAGACUCAAUCAGUUCAAGUGGUAGAAACUAGAAUAGACAAACUUGGCUGUUUUUAGAGUAAAUGAGAACAAACUGAAUGUUACAAAAAAUACUACAAAACAUGAACACCGUCCUAAUAUUUGCCCUCAGAACUGCCUUAAUUCGUUGGGGCGUGGACUCUACAAGGUGUCGAAAAGCGUUCCACAGGGAUGCUGGCCCAUGUUGACUCCAAUGCUUCCAACAGUUGUGUCAAAUUGGCUGGAUGUCCUUUGAGUGGUGGACCAUUCUUGACACACACAGGAAACUGUUGAGCAUGAAAAACCCAGCAGUGUUGCAGUUCUUGACACAUGCUUUGUACACUCUGUAUGGUUGCAUUGAUUAGAUAUUUAGAAAUGCUAGGUUUAUGUUAGUGGGACAUACAUCUUACUACAUAUGCAGUCUGUCUGGUCCGACGUCAUGUUCUCCUCUCCAGGACCUGGUCCAAACAGUGGCCAUGGGGGGUAACUACCUGCUGAAUGUGGGUCCUACCCCUGAUGGUAUGAUCCCCCCAGUGUUUGAGGAGAGGCUGAGGGGCAUGGGGGCCUGGCUGGAGGUCAACGGAGAGGCCAUCUACUCCUCCAAACCCUGGAGGAUCCAGACCGAGAACGCCACCGUACCUGUCUGGUAGGAGAGGGAGCGGGAGGGAGGUGAUGGGGCUUCUAGUGGGGUUUGUCAAGGGAUGAUGGGGGAAAUAUUGGAUGGAGAGGGAUGCAGUGGAUGGAGAGGGAUGCAGUGGAUGGAGAGGGAUGGGGAGGGAUGGAGAGGGAUGCAGUGGAUGGAGAGGGAUGGAGAGGGAUGGAGAGGGAUGGAGAGGGGUGGAGUGGAUGGAGAGGGAUGGAGUGGAUGGAGAGGGAUGCAGUGGGAUGGAGAGGGAUGCAGUGGGAUGGAGAGGGAUGGAGGGGGAUGGAGAGGGAUGCAGAGGGAUGGAGAGGGAUGGAGAGGGAUGGAGGGGGAUGGAGAGGGAUGGAGAGGGAUGGAGUGGGAUGGAGUGGAUGGAGAGGGAUGGAGAGGGAUGGAGAGGGAUGGAGUGGAUGGAGAGGGAUGGAGUGGGAUGCAGUGGAUGGAGAGGGAUGGAGAGGGAUGGAGUGGAUGGAGAGGGAUGGAGAGGGAUGGAGAGGGAUGGAGAGGGAUGGAGAGGGAUGCAGUGGAUGGAGAGGGAUGGAGAGGGAUGGAGAGGGAUGGAGAGGAUGGAGAGGGAUGGAGAGGGAUGGAGAGGGAUGGAGAGGGAUGGAGUGGAUGGAGAGGGAUGGAGUGGGAUGCAGAGGGAUGCAGUGGAUGGAGAGGGAUGGAGAGGGAUGGAGAGGGAUGGAGUGGAUGGAGAGGGAUGGAGAGGGAUGGAGAGGGAUGGAGUGGAUGGAGAGGGAUGGAGUGGGAUGCAGAGGGAUGCAGUGGAUGGAGAGGGAUGGAGUGGAUGGAGAGGAUGGAGGGGGAUGGAGAGGGAUGGAGAGGAUGGAGGGGGAUGGAGAGGGAUGCAGUGGAUGGAGAGGGAUGGAGAGGGAUGGAGAGAGAUGGAGUGGAUGGAGAGGGAUGGAGAGGGAUGGAGGGGGAUGGAGAGGGAUGGAGAGGGAUGCAGAGGGAUGGAGAGGGAUGGAGUGGAUGGAGAGGGAUGCAGUGGAUGGAGAGGGAUGGAGAGGGAUGGAGAGGGAUGGAGUGGAUGGAGGGGGAUGGAGAGGGAUGGAGUGGAUGGAGAGGGAUGGAGUGGAUGGAGAGGGAUGCAGUGGAUGGAGAGGGAUGCAGUGGAUGGAGAGGGAUGGAGUGGAUGGAGAGGGAUGCAGUGGAUGGAGAGGGAUGGAGUGGAUGGAGAGGGAUGGAGAGGGAUGCAGUGGAUGGAGAGGGAUGGAGUGGAUGGAGAGGGAUGGAGGGGGAUGGAGAGGGAUGGAGAGGGAUGCAGUGGAUGGAGAGGGAUGCAGAGGGAUGCAGAGGGAUGGAGGGGGAUGGAGAGGGAUGGAGAGGGAUGGAGAGGGAUGGAGAGGGAUGGAGAGGGAUGCAGUGGAUGGAGAGGGAUGGGGUGGAGUGGAUGGAGAGGGAUGGGGUGGAGUGGAUGGAGAGGGAUGCAGUGGAUGGAGAGGGAUGGAGUGGAUGGAGAGGGAUGGAGAGGGGUGGAGUGGGAUGCAGUGGAUGGAGAGGGAUGCAGUGGAUGGAGAGGGAUGGAGUGGAUGGAGGGGGAGGGGGAUGGAGAGGGAUGGAGAGGGAUGGAGAGGGAUGCAGUGGAUGGAGAGGGAUGGAGAGGGAUGCAGUGGAUGGAGGGGGAUGGAGAGGGAUGCAGUGGAUGGAGAGGGAUGGAGAGGGAUGGAGAGGGAUGCAGUGGAUGGAGAGGGAUGGAGUGGGAUGGAGAGGGAUGGAGAGGGAUGCAGUGGAUGGAGAGGGAUGGAGAGGGAUGCAGUGGAUGGAGAGGGGUGGAGUGGAUGGAGAGGGAUGCAGUGGAUGGAGAGGGAUGGAGAGGGAUGGAGAGGGAUGGAGAGGGAUGCAGUGGAUGGAGAGGGAUGGAGAGGGAUGCAGUGGAUGGAGAGGGAUGGAGUGGAUGGAGAGGGAUGGAGUGGAUGGAGAGGGGUGGAGAGGGGUGGAGUGGAUGGAGAGGGAUGCAGUGGAUGGAGAGGGAUGGAGUGGAUGGAGAGGGAUGGAGAGGGGUGGAGUGGAUGGAGGGUUUUGUUCCAGCCUGUAUCACAUCUGAUUCUGAGUCCUCAGGGAUCAUAAAGUCCUGCUCAGGAAAUGAAAACAAAGUAAUGUGCUGCUCUCUCUCUCUCUCGUUCUUCCCUCUCUCUCUCUCUCGUUCUCCCCUCUCGCUCUCUCUCUCUCCCCUCUCGCUCUGUAGGUACACCUCUAAUUCCAAAUGCUCCAGUGUGUAUGCUGUCUUCACGACGAAACCCACUGUGUACACAUUCCACCUGUCUGAACCAAUUACAGCAGAGAGCACCACGGUGAGUGGAGUUGAAACUAUUGCAGCAGAGAGCACCACGGUGAGUGGAGUUGAACCUAUUGCAGCAGAGAGCACCACGGUGAGUGGAGUUGAACCUAUUGCAGCAGAGAGCACCACAGUGAGUGGAGUGAUGCAGUAUUAUUUUGAUCCACAUGGUGUAUGUGAUGUCAGUUAUUAUUAUUCCUAUAAUAUAUGUAGUGUAGAUCUGAUCUAGGAUCAGGGCCCGUAUCCACAACGCAUCUCAGUGUAUAAACAGCGUAGAAGUGUACAUAUAAUCUUAUACGUUAUAAUCUAAAAGGCAAGACUGAUCCUCGAUGAGCGCUACCAUUCUGAGACCUUUCAUACAUAUGGCCCCAGACUUUAUGAUGAAUAGUUAAAGUGAAGUAUUGGCCUAGCCACUGACUUGUGGAUCUCUCUCUGCUCUCUUCUCUCUCUACUUUCUUCUCUCUCUGCUCUCUUUUCUCUCUCUCUCUCUCUCUCUGCUCUCUCUCUCAAUCUUUCUCUCUCUCUUCUAUCUCUCUCUCUCUCCCCUGCUCUCUCUCUGCUCUCUCCCUCUCACCGCUCUCCCAGGUGACAUUAUUGGGGAGCCUAGAGCCUCUGAGAUGGGCUCCUCUCCACCCCCGGGGUCUGAUCAUCCUCCUCCCUGAGUUACCCCCCACCCCGGCCCAGGCCUGGAUCCUCAAACUGGAUGGGGUCAAGUGA